AUGGACGACGCCGGCGAGAUCCACCGCGGGUUCGGGGGCCUGCGGCGGGGCGGGAGCUCGAACGCGUUCUCGCGGUCGUCGCACCGCGCGGACGAGCAUGACGACGAGGAGGCGCUGCGGUGGGCGGCGCUGGAGCGGCUGCCCACCCGCGACCGCGCGCGGACGGCGGUGCUCGACCACUUCCCCGGGCGGGACGACGGCGUCAGGGCGGUCGACGUCGGCAGGCUCGCCCCCGGCGAGCGGGCCGCGCUGCUCCGGCGCGUCGCCAGCGUCGCCGACGACCACGGCCGGUUCCUCGCCCGGUUCAAGGAGCGCGUCGACCGGGUCGGGAUCGAGCUGCCCACCAUCGAGGUCAGGUACGAGAACCUCUGCGUGGAGGCCGAGGCGUACGUCGGGAGCCGGGGCCUGCCCACCAUCCUGCAUACCUACGCCAAUGUGCUCGAGGGAAUGGCAAAUUCUCUGCACAUUACACCAAAUAGGAAGCAGAAAAUAUCAGUCCUUCACAAUGUCAGCGGUACCAUCAAGCCUCACAGGAUGACCUUGCUUUUGGGUCCUCCUGGUGCCGGAAAAACCACGCUACUCCUGGCGUUGGCGGGGACGCUCCCUUCAAGCCUUGAGAUGUCAGGCAAAAUAACAUACAAUGGGCAUACGAUGGACGAGUUUGUGCCCAGGAGGUCGGCGGCUUAUGUGAGCCAAAACGAUCUGCAUAUCGGUGAACUGACGGUUCGUGAGACGGUCAAUUUCUCUGCAAAAUGUCAAGGAAGUGGUCACCGAUUCGAUCUGCUGAUGGAGCUAUCGAGGAGAGAAAAGGAAGCAAAUAUCAAACCAGAUCCAGAAAUAGAUGUCUACUUGAAGGCUGCUGCAACAGGAGAACAGAAAGCUGAGGUGGUCACGAAUCACAUACUAAAGAUCUUGGGAUUGGAUAUGUGUGCCGACACAAUCGUAGGAAAUAACAUGUUGAGAGGAAUAUCAGGAGGGCAAAAAAAGAGAGUAACCACAGCUGAGAUGCUCGUCACACCAGGACGAGCCCUUUUCAUGGACGAGAUAUCAACUGGACUUGACAGUUCGACUACCUUCCAGAUUGUGAACUCCAUCCGGCAAACCAUUCACAUUCUUGGAGGAACAGCAGUUAUUUCCUUGCUGCAACCAGCACCUGAGACAUAUGAAUUGUUUGACGAUAUAAUUCUCCUCUCAGACGGUCAGGUUGUCUACAAUGGCCCCCGUGAACAUGUGCUCGGGUUUUUUGAAUCAGUGGGUUUCAAAUGUCCCGAGAGAAAAGGCGUAGCUGACUUCUUGCAGGAGGUGAAUUUCAUUUUUUGUUCUAUCAAGCUUUCUGUAAUUAUGCAUUUGCUACUGUAAAACCCUGAAAUAUUCAAAUACCUUUCGAAAUACAAAACUAGAGAUAUCUGGCAAUGUUUUGAUGCAAAGUUUGUUGAUGAGUGCAACAGGCAGAUCAUCAACAUAUUUUAGUAUUUUGUACAUGAUUUGCUCGGAGAAAUAGAAAAAACAUAUUUGUACAAACCUCUGUCCCAAAGUCAGAUUUUCUAAUGCUAGGAUCACAAUUGUCUACAGUGCUGAAGUGGACUGACUAUAAUUGAAAUGUGGUAUGCAGGUUACAUCAAGGAAAGAUCAGAGACAGUACUGGAUACACAGUGACGAGACAUACCGAUAUGUUGCUGUGAAGAACUUUGCAGAGGCAUUUCAAUCUUUCCAUGUUGGUCAGGCUAUAAGAAGUGAGUUGUCUGUCCCAUUUGACAAGAGCAGGAGCCAUCCUG